GCUGCCCUUCCAUCUGCCUUGGGCUUCCAUUCCCCAGUUACUCCAGAAGAAAAAGCAACAAGAAGGGGCAUCUUUCAGGCCUGCAGCCAGACAAGCCGCCGCAGCAACUGAUCAGCCCUGGGAGUGAGGUGGGCACCAGGACAGCAGCGUGGAUCUUACCAGCAGGACCCGGUCUCCAGCUGCUGAGCAGCUCCAGGACAUCCUGGGGGAGGAAGAUGAGACUCCCAACCCCACCCUCUUCACAGAGAUGGACACUCUGCAGCACGAUGGAGACCAGAUGGAAUGGAAGGAGUCAGCCAGGUGGAUAAAGUUUGAAGAAAAGGUAGAGGAAGGAGGUGAACGCUGGAGCAAGCCCCAUGUGUCCACACUGUCCCUUCACAGCCUCUUCGAGCUUCGCACCUGCCUGCAGACAGGGACGGUGCUGUUGGAUUUGGAGAGUGGCUCCCUGCCACAGAUCAUAGAUGACGUCAUUGAGAAGCAGAUCGAGGAUGGGCUGCUGCGGCCAGAGCUCCGAGACAGGGUGAGCUACGUGCUGCUGAGGAAGCACCGGCACCAGACCAAGAAGCCUAUGCAUCGCUCCCUGGUGGACAUUGGGAAGUCUGUCUCCUCUACCACCAGUCGCAGCCCCGCCCGGAGCCCUGCAGGUGGCUCGAGUCUGCACCGCUCCACCGAGGACCUGCGCAUUCGGCAAAGUGCAAAUUACGGACGUCUGCGCCAUGCCCAGAGCAGGAGCAUGAAUGACAUCUCUCACACCCCAAACACAGACCAGCGGAAAAACAAAUUCAUGAAGAAGAUCCCCAAGGACUCGGAAGCCUCUAAUGUGUUGGUGGGUGAGGUGGACUUCCUGGACCAGCCGUUCAUCGCGUUCGUGCGGCUGAUCCAGUCUGCCAUGUUGGGAGGAGUGACCGAGGUGCCCGUCCCCACCAGAUUUCUGUUCAUACUGCUGGGACCUUUGGGGAGAGCAAAGUCCUACAAUGAAAUCGGCCGCGCCAUUGCCACCCUCAUGGUGGAUGAUCUUUUCAGCGAUGUGGCCUACAAAGCCCGCAACCGGGAGGACCUGAUCGCAGGAAUCGACGAGUUCCUGGACGAGGUCAUUGUCCUUCCCCCUGGAGAAUGGGACCCAAAUAUCCGCAUUGAGCCUCCCAAAAAAGUGCCCUCUGCUGACAAAAGGAAAUCCGUGUUCUCCCUGAUGGAGCUGGGCCACAUGAAUGGCUCUGUGGGAGGAGGCGGUGGUGCAGCCGGAGGAGGAGGCGGUGGCGGUGGAUCUGGUAGUGGAGGGGCAGCCGGACCGAGCAGUGGGGACGAUGGAGAGAUGCCAGCUGUGCAUGAGAUCGGGGAGGAGCUUAUCUGGACUGGAAGGUUCUUUGGUGGUCUCUGUCUCGAUGUCAAGAGGAAGCUGCCCUGGUUCCUAAGCGACUUCUAUGAUGGCUUCCACAUCCAGUCUAUCUCUGCCAUCCUGUUCAUCUACCUCGGCUGUAUCACCAAUGCCAUCACCUUCGGUGGGCUUCUGGGGGAUGCCACCGACAAUUACCAGGGAGUGAUGGAGAGCUUCCUGGGCACUGCCAUGGCUGGCGCAUUGUUCUGCCUCUUCUCGGGACAGCCUCUAAUCAUCCUCAGCAGCACAGGGCCCAUCCUCAUCUUUGAGAAGCUCCUCUUCGAUUUCAGCAAAGGCAACGGCCUGGAUUACAUGGAGUUCCGCCUCUGGAUUGGCCUGCACUCAGCCAUCCAGUGCCUUAUCCUGGUGGCCACGGAUGCCAGCUUCAUCAUCAAGUAUAUCACCCGCUUUACUGAGGAGGGCUUCUCCACCCUCAUCAGCUUCAUUUUCAUCUACGAUGCCAUCAAGAAGAUGAUUGGUGCCUUCAAGUAUUACCCUAUCAACAUGGACUUCAAGCCUGACUCCAUCACUACCUACAAAUGCGAGUGUGUCGCCCCAGACACAGUGAACACAACCACGUUCAAUGCCUCAGCCCCACUGGCACCAAACACCAACACUUCUCUGUACAACCCCCUUAACCUCACAGCAUUGGACUGGUCUCUGCUGAGCAAGAAGGAGUGUCUGAGCUAUGGUGGGCGCCUGCUUGGGAAUUCCUGUCAGUUUGUCCCAGACCUGGCACUCAUGUCCUUCAUCCUAUUCUUUGGGACAUAUUCCAUGACGCUAACCCUGAAGAAGUUCAAAUUCAGCCGCUAUUUCCCUACCAAGGUCCGGGCCCUGGUGGCGGACUUCUCCAUCAUUUUCUCCAUCCUGCUGUUCUGUGGAAUUGAUGCAUGUUUUGGCCUGGCAACUCCCAAGCUGAAUGUGCCCAGUGUCAUCAAGCCCACACGGCCUGACCGAGGCUGGUUCGUGGUUCCCUUUGGGAAGAAUCCGUGGUGGGUGUACCCGGCGAGCAUCCUGCCCGCCCUGCUGGUGACCAUCCUGAUCUUCAUGGAUCAGCAGAUCACAGCCGUCAUUGUCAACCGGAAGGAGAACAAGCUGAGGAAGGCUGCUGGCUACCACCUGGACCUGUUCUGGGUGGGCAUCCUCAUGGCCCUUUGCUCCUUCACGGGGCUGCCCUGGUAUGUGGCUGCCACUGUCAUCUCCAUCGCCCACAUCGACAGCCUCAAGAUGGAGACAGAGACCAGCGCCCCCGGGGAGCAGCCGCAGUUCUUGGGGGUCAGGGAACAGAGAGUGACUGGCAUCAUUGUCUUCAUCCUGACGGGCAUCUCUGUCUUCCUGGCUCCCAUCCUGAAGUUCAUCCCCCUGCCGGUGCUGUAUGGCGUCUUCCUCUACAUGGGCGUGGCCUCCCUCAACGGCAUCCAGUUCUGGGACCGCUGCAAGCUCUUCCUGAUGCCAGCCAAGCACCAGCCAGACCAUGCCUUCCUGCGGCACGUGCCCCUGCGCCGGAUCCACCUCUUCACCCUCGUGCAGGUCGUCUGCCUGGCCGUGCUUUGGAUCCUGAAGUCCACAGUGGCUGCCAUCAUCUUCCCGGUCAUGAUCCUGGGCCUCAUCAUUGUCCGGAGGCUGCUAGACUUCGUCUUCUCCCAGCACGACCUGGCCUGGAUUGACAACAUCCUUCCGGAGAAGGAGAAGAAGGAGACAGACAAGAAGAAGAAGAGAGGGAAAGGGGCCCGCGAGGACAGUGACAAUCAGGGAAAAGAUCUUCCAGUUGGAGUUACUCACUCUGAUGCUUCCUUCACUGGCUCAGAACUCGAUCGCAGCAUCACCUUGCACUUCAAAAUUUCCUGUCCAUCUUCACCUGCUUUCAACUACUCCAGGAGCCCAGUGUUCAUGGUGCCACAAGUGAAGAUAGAGAUGGAGUCAGACUAUGACUUCACAGACAAGGACAAGUACGGAAGAGAGGUGGACGGCGAGACCACUCUCUAGAGUGGCACAGCUUCUCCCAGAUCUGGGGCAGCGAGGGCCUGGCUUAGUCCUAAGCACAUGAGAACAUGCCCAAACUC